UUUUGGUCAUGGCCUGUCCAGGAACUUUGCUCCGGUGCUAAUAUUCUACGCCGAGAAGACGAAAAUAUCUUCAGAAACAUUCAAGUAUGAAAUGAAACAAUAAAGAGUCCAAAUAAAAUGGCGGGGGCCGUUUCGAACAAUACAACUAGUGAAGAUAUAAUUAAUGACAAUACGGUUCAAGUGGCGUUUUUUAUGAUAUACACAACCAUAUUCGUGAUGGGUAUAUUCGGAAAUGUGCUAGUGUGCUAUGUCGUGUUUCGAAAUAAAGCCAUGCAGACUGUAACAAAUCUGUUUAUCACAAAUCUAGCUUUAUCAGACAUAUUACUGUGUGUUCUAGCUGUCCCGUUCACCCCUUUAUACACAUUCCUAGGGGAGUGGGUAUUCGGUAGACUUAUCUGUCAUUUGGUGUCUUAUGCUCAAGGAAUUAGUGUUUAUAUAUCAACGCUGACGUUAACGUCAAUUGCUAUUGAUAGAUAUUUUGUAAUAAUAUAUCCAUUUCAUCCUCGGAUGAAACUAUCAACCUGUAUUAUAAUUAUAGUGAUUAUCUGGAUAUUUUCUAUGUUAGUGACUCUACCCUAUGGAGUAUAUGUUAAACUCACUCCGGCUGAAAAGAAUGCUGAAAAGUACUUUUGUGAUGAAAAUUGGCCUAGUGAAGAUUGGAGAAGGACAUUCGGAGGCAUAACUACAGCUAUGCAGUUCCUUAUUCCAUUUUUAAUAAUGGCGUUUUGCUAUAUCUGUGUCUCUAUCAAACUAAACGAUAGAGCUAGAUCCAAACCAGGCUCUAAAAACUCGCGGAAAGAAGAAGCUGACCGGGAAAGAAAGAGAAGAACUAAUAGGAUGCUUAUAGCAAUGGUUGCUGUUUUUCUAGUUUCUUGGUUACCCCUUAAUGCUUUUAAUAUAAUUAACGAUUUCUGCCAGCAGAUGGAGAAGUGGAAUUUCUACUAUCUUACAUUUUUUAUGACCCACGCAAUAGCUAUGUCUUCGACAUGUUAUAAUCCGUUUCUUUACGCUUGGUUGAAUGAGAACUUUAGAAAAGAAUUUAAGCAAGUUCUUCCUUGUUUUGAUGGUGCUUCAAGACGAGUGCCGGCAUGUCGAUUUGAGAACUGGAGGUCCGAGAGAACUUGCAACGGAAACAACGAGACUCAACAGGAAUCACUAUUACCUUCCUCUGGAAUACAUCGAGCUCUUUCAUUUAGAGAAAGAAAACCAACGCCUCCACCCUUGAAAACAGAUAGUGUAGAGAUGGAAAAUAUUAUGGUGCCAUCAGUUAAUGCAGCAGUGUAUGACUCAGCUUCAGAUAUUGUUAGGCUUAAGCUAAUUACCGAAGAAGAACCCCCUCCUUAUGAAGCGCCAAAGGCUGUUUCAGAAGAAUAGCAUAUGUACAUUUAGCAGCAACCGCAGCCAGUGAGUGAUUGUGAGAUAUUUAAAGAACUGUUGAUAUAGUCAAUAUAUAAAUAAAUGUUUUUCAGUGCCA